UCUUCCCCCUUCCUGCCAUCGCUGUUACCCUCGUUACCGCUGCAGCUGCUGUUAGCACGAUGAGCGGACCAAACGUCAAAAAGGACUCUCCUGGGGCCGGAGGUGUGAUGGACUGGGUCAGCUCGGCUUGUCGGUUCGCAACAGACAGAAACGACUUCAGGAGGAAUCUUCUGGUCAACUUGGGCUUGUUUGCAGCCGGUGUUUGGGUUGCAAGAAAUCUCUCUGAUUUUGACCUGAUGUCUCCUCAGCCUGUGACAUAACCUGGUCCAAAUUGGGAUGAAUGUGUCUUGGACCAACAGUGAAGAAACAAGGGACAUCAAUAAAACGAUCAUGAAUCUUUUAUAUUACUAGUUUAAAAACAAAUCAUCUUGUUGACCUGAAUUCACUUUCCUGUAGAAUUGUUUUUUUUUUCAUGUUAUUGUAGGAGGCCUAAAAACAAAUAAUUACAUUCAACCAGUG